UGGCUCGAUGGUCACGCGGUCACCUUGGGGAAGAGAAGAGGCGUCCAAAGUUAAUUGAGUCUGUAUUUAAAAUCUGCGUCAACAACUCCCUAUUGUUUGAUGAGUGACACAAGUGACUGAGUGAGGUGGUGAAUCAUGUGGGGAUCAAGUGAUGUGAACGAGCAGUGAAUGGAAGGUUAGACAUACAAACUCUCCUCCUGCUGCCUUACCAAUCUCGAAAUCGGUGACAUUCUUUCCGCAGUGGGCUAUAGUGCCCAUGCAAGCAGUGCACACCCCACACGGCAUCUUCGCCUCCAUGCCGCCGAGCUUCCCCUCGUAGACAUAAUGUUCGUCGUUCUCGCAAAUGCACACCUUGGAGAUCUUGACGACAACAUCUGUGUGGAAGGAGAAGAUAGACGUUAUACCAGCAAGCACGUGACCGGAGCAUUUUAUGUUUUCAAGGGUAGUAGUGGCUUUGCUGCUGGACUGAUAGUAUUGAGUCAUUGGGGAGCUUUAAAUGAAGAUUAGACAUUCAUGGAUUGGGAUGAUUGGUGGAAAUAGAGUGGGAGCUGCGGUACUCACUAUCGAUAGCUUGGCCACGGCGACCAUCACGACGCUCACGUUCUUCACUUUCACGUCUUGGUGCCCCAUAGUGGUGACAACAUUCUUCAUUUUCACGUCUUCGUCUUCGUGCUGCAUGGUGGCAGUUGAGGUGGAUGCUGGAUGCUGGGUGCUGAUGCUGGGUGCUAGGUGUUGGGAGCUGCAGGUGUUGGGUGCUGGGGCCGCUACUUGCUACUGUGACGGUCCAGACAGAUCCAUCAUGUCUGCUGUGACGUCCUCCAGGUGCCUGCUGCUACCACUGUUCUUGCUUGUGGUGGCAGCGGCCUCCUGCUCCGCCUCAGCUGUGUCCGGCAUUCAGAUCUCCCCGCGGCCAGUACCUAAGAUCGAAGGAACCAACAAGACCGGAGCCAAGAAGCGGGAGGCGGGAGGUCUGCCCAGCCCCGUCAACCAGUACCUUCAGUUCGGAGAGGUGUUUGACCAGAACAUAGGGGACGACUUCGGGCUGCGGCCGGGUUACGGGGCACAGAACACCAUCACUCGACUCAGCACCAUCACACUCACCCACACCAGCUACGACCAGAUCGCGGUGACCCAGACCGUGACGGACACCUCGGUAAGCUACGUGACGCACUUCAGCACCCAGUAUAUUACCUACACCACACCACUGGCUGUCUACAAUACCGAGUACGAGACGGAGUACCGAACCGAGUACCUUACAGAGACGGAGUUCCAGGACGUGCCCGUGUACACCACCAUCACGGACACCCGCUUCGAGACAGAAUACCAGACCGACACGUCCCUGGUGGAGGUGCCCGUGUACAGCACCAUCGUCACCACCGUCUACCACACCCGCUACCGAACCGAGUACUUCACCGACACCGAGACCCAGCAGGUGCCCGUCUACACCACCUUCUACACCACCUUUACUGAGACCUCCCAUCUCCCUACCUACCUGACGGAGACUCACUUUGACACCGCAUACAUCACCUCCACUACCUUCGUCACCACUACCGCUAUUGACUUCACCACCGUCACCACUCACCUGACCACCACUGCGUUUGAGGAUGUGUUCGUGACCAAGACGCACCAGGUUCCUCACUACAUCACCAACACUGAGUACAACCAGGUCAUCAUCACGCAGACGGAGACGCGGCCGGAGUACAUCACCACCACGAGUUUGAGAGAGGUAGUGGUGACGCAGACGACCACAGUGCCUCUUUAUCUCACCACGACCGUCGUCUCUGAAAUCCAUCUAACCAGCACUCACCCAAUUAACAACUACAUCACUACUACUGUGCCGGCGUACGUGGUGAGCACCGUGGACAGAUACAUCACCACAACCCUGCCUUACUACGUCACCAGGACCACCACAGCCCAGCAACCGCAAACACCGCUGUACCAACCCCAGAAACCGCAUCGACCGCAGCAACCUCUCUACCCACGAGUACCGUCGCGGCUCUACAGACAAGAGCGACUACGGAGGCCACGCCAGACAGCCUACCAGACAGCAGAGCGGUGGCUGUGGUAAGGAGGGACGCAAGCGUGUAGAUUGAGCGCCUGUGAUAUGAUUUCUUUUUAGUUCGAAAUGUAUGCAUAUAUAAUAUAUAAAGAAGAGAACACUAUUUUCCUAUACAUACUUUGCUGUUCUUCUGCAGUUCUGUACUCUUUAUCGUUAAAAAUUGUGUUGUUUCAUGAAGGAUGUAAGCAACGCUAUUGUAAACUGUACAUAAUUUACCUCAAUAAAUGCCUCAUUAUCCCGUAUA